CAGGGGGUAAGGGUCGACGCCCAAUCCUUCUCGUCCCAAUGUGUGUCGAUUGUCAGCACAUGAACACUGGAAUGGCCACAGUGCCGUGCGUGGAGAGCGGGCGACACCGCGUCCCAUUCUCGACGAGACAGGAUGGCGGCAUCACGAAAUGACACUACGGCGACCCUCGACCCCAACGACUAUGCCGUCGUCUGGAUUGCGCCGCUCGAGAUCGAAGCCAAGGCCGCCUUGUGCCUUCUCGACGAGCGACACCAUGGCCGGUUUCCCGUCGACCGCGGCGACGAGUACGUCUUCCACGCCGGUAGUAUGUGCGGCCACAACGUCGUGAUAGCAACGUUCCCAGCCGGCCAGGAGUACGGGACCGCGUCAGCCGCUGCCCUCGCCAGCCAGAUCCUCAAGUGCUUUCCCAAUCUCUGGUUCGGGCUGCUGGUAGGGGUCGCGGCGGGACUGCCAGACCUGGCCAGCAGCCCACCCCGCGACAUUCGGCUCGGCGAUGUGCUCGUCAGUCUGCCCGAGGGUGAAAGGCCCGGUGUCAUCGCGUACGACCUCGGCAAAGAGACAGACGGCGGGUUUCAACCCCUUCGGUACGGGCACGUCUUGACCACGACCAAGCCGAUCGUGCGGUCGGCAAUCGGCCGGAUAAAGCUCGAAGCACCAGACGAGGCCGCCACAUUCCUCCCCUACUACGAGACGAUCCGCGACAGGGAGCACGCAACGGGCACCUUUGCCGACCCCGGACAAGACCACGACACACUCUACUCGGCAACCGAGGGCAGGCCGGACAUAGCUAUCGAACGCCCUCGCCGACCCGACACAGCCCGCACACGCGUGUGGUACGGGCCCAUCGGGUCGGGAGACAAGCUAUUGAAGAAUGCGCAGAAACGGAACGAACUCAGAGACAAGUACGGGGUCAUUGGUCUAGAGAUGGAGGCGGCAGGCACGAUGAACCGAAUCCCCGUGGGAGUGAUCCGCGGGGUGUGCGACUAUGGCGACCAGCAGAAAAAUAAGGAGUGGCAGCCGUACGCGGCGGCUAUUGCGGCUGCGUAUGGGAAAGCCGUGCUUAAUGAGAUACCUUCUACGGAAAAGAGGAGUCGUACAGACGGCAUCGCGAGAACCAAGGGAGUCAAUGAGCCUACUCCUCCGUGCUACUACAUCCAGCUUCCUAAAAACGCCCGCUUCACUGGGCGAGAUACUGUUCUCGACGCGCUGGACGAAGCGCUCUCUAACCGAGAGGAAAUACGACGGGUCGCACUGGUUGGUCUCGGUGGCAUCGGCAAAACACAGAUUGCACUACGCUUCGCCUACAAUACCAAAGAAAGCCGGCCCGACUAUUCCAUCUUCUGGGUGCCAGUCCUGAGUCACGGUAGCGUCGAACAGGCGUACGUCGAGAUCGCCAAGAAGCUUGGUGUCCGGAAGCAAAGCGACGACGAAGAUAUCAAGGACCUUGUGUGUCAAUAUCUGAGCUCAGACAAAAACGGCAACUGGCUGUUCGUGGUCGACAACGCUGAUGACGGUGAGCUGUUCUUCGGAACUGAUGAUAAAACUGGCAUCGAGGCGUACCUUCCUGAGAGCGAGAACGGUUUGGUCCUAUUAACGACGCGAUCGAGACAAGUGGCGGCGCAAUUUGCAGAGGCCAACAUUGUCGACAUUGAGCAAAUGGACACGAAGGACGCAACACUGCUUUUCCAGAAGUCUCUGGCGCAAAGGCACACGGCGCCGGACGAAGUGGGAGAGCUCCUUGCCCAACUGGCCUAUCUCCCUCUCGCAAUCACCCAGGCAGCAGCAUAUCUCAACCAGACCAAGGUCCCCAUCGGCAAAUACCUCGGAUUCUUACGUGGGGCCGAGAAAGAUGCAGUCCGAGUCUUUGGUCGAGAAUUCCGUGACAGCACCAGAUAUCGACAGUCCCACAAUGCCGUGGCCACGACAUGGGUUGUUUCCUUCGAACAGAUCAGGAAGUCCGAUCAGACUGCAGUCGAUAUGCUGUCAUUCAUGGCGUGCGUCGAGCCAAAGGCGAUACCGCAAUGGAUUUUGCCCGAGUCAGAGUCCGAGGAGACAGAAUGGGCAAUCGGCGUUCUCUGCGGAUACUCGUUUCUCGUGCGGCGAGGAGACGACGACACAUUCGACAUGCACAGUCUCGUGCAUAUGGCCACGCGAGAAUGGGUCAAGAAGCAGGGUUGGCAGCAGCGGGUGGUGCGUGAUGCCAUAGGUCACCUCACAGAUAUAUUUCCCUCACACGAUCCUGAGAACCGCAAGCGAUGGAGGGAGUGCACGCCACACGCAGUGCGACUUCUUCAUGACACCCGAGCUCUGGAAAUAGACGUGCGGUUUGAGCUUGUGUUUAGUGUUGGUAGAUGCAUGCACACUGACCGACGGUUCAAAGAAGCAACACAACACUUUGAAGAACUAUGGCGCUGGGCAAAUCAACGCCACACAGGGCUGUUGGAGACUACUAUAAGAAGAUGGCUAGCGGCUGCAUACCUUGAUGGCAGACGGAUCAAGGAGGCGAUUGAGAUUUUGGAGCAUAUAGUAGAGGAAUGGAGGAGGACACGAGACGAGAAGGAUUAUGAUCGACUAGCAUCGGAGCACGAGCUCGCGAGGGCAUACCUCGAAGGCGGACGAACUAGUAAAGCGAUCGAGAUGUUGGAGCAUAUAGUAGCGGUCAAGAGGCAGAUACGAGACGAGAAAGACUAUUCUCGACUAGUAUCGGAGAGCGUGCUUGCGAGGGCAUAUCUCGACGACCAGCGGGUUAAGGAGGCGAUUGAUAUAUUCGAGCAUGUAGUAGCGGUAGGGAGGGAGAUACUAGAUGAGAAGGAUCAUUCUCGACUAACAUCGGAGCACUCGCUUGCGAAGGCAUAUAUCGACGACCGGCGGGUCAAGGAGGCGAUUGAGAUAUUCGAGCAUGUAGUAGCGGUGGAGAGGGAGAUACUGGAUGAGAGGGAUCAUUCUCGACUAACAUCGGAGCAUGAGCUUGCGAGGGCAUAUCUCGCCGACCAGCGGAUCGAGGAGGCGAUCCAGAUAUUACAGCAUGUAGUGGCAGUGGAGAGGGAGAUACUGGACGAGAAGGAUUAUGAUCGAUUGGUAUCGGAGCGCGAGCUUGCGAAGGCAUACCUCGACGACCGGCGGGUCAAGGAGGCGAUUGAGAUAUUCGAGCAUGUAGUAGCGGUGGAGAGGGAGAUACUGGAUGAGAGGGAUCAUUCUCGACUAACAUCGGAGCAUGAGCUUGCGAGGGCAUAUCUCGCCGACCAGCGGAUCGAGGAGGCGAUCCAGAUAUUACAGCAUGUCGUUGCCGUGGAGGCGCAGCUUUAUGCCGAGGAUAACCCCGACCGACUUCUAUCUAUUCGUCUACUCGAGGAUGCAUAUAAGGAACUUCAAUUAUGUAACUAG